AUGCGUUUGACCCAUGCUGGGAUGGCACCGCCGAACCGGGAUGCCGCCGAGAAUAACGCGGGAUUCCCGGAGCAUCCCCUGUCUAUGGUCCCAUUACAGUGGUCCAAAACCGUUUCGUUUUUGCGGGGAAUUGGGGAUAAUGACGUGAGCGGCGACAAUCUCGCGCAGGGCUCGUCUGAGCGCGACGGGUUCUUGCCGUACACAUAUCCCGGCAAAGAGCAUUCGCGGCGACGCAGCCGGUGGUCGAAUUGGAGAGAGUACCCAUGGAUCCGCGCGCCUGUUAUGCGGUGUCUGAUCCAGGUACGCCGCGCAUACAUUGUGUACAAAAAGAGCCCAAUUUUGAGCCUGGCCUUUCUUGUGCUGCUAACCGUUCUGGGUCUCACAAUCGGCUUUGCCACCAAGUACCUCUUGGAUCCAGACAAAGAAAGAAUGCCAUGGCGUGAGUUCUGCAAUGCUCAGCCAGAGUUUGUACUUGCAGACGUCGCGCAUUUGGCGCCUGUAAACAUACUUGUAGGCGUCAUGUCCUACGACGCCGCUUUUUCGCGGCGCAUGGUGAUCCGCGACACGUAUGCAAGAAUGACUGUGCCGCGACACCCAGAAACAGACGUGCCGCUUGGAAACGUCGCUGUGAAAUUUAUACUGGCACGCCCGCGAAAGAACUUGGCACAUCGCAUUGCGCUCGAAAUGGAAAUGUACAAUGAUAUUGUGGUGCUCGACAUGGCCGAAACGCAAAAGAGCACAAAGACCCUCAACUUUUUUCGGUGGGCGGCCGAGAAUGGGACGAUGCCUGUGCUGGUCCCUGCCGAGAGCAGCAGUUUGCACCCCUCUGUCUCGCUCGACGGAAAAUACCAAGUCCAGUACCAGCUAGCAGACUACGUGCUCAAAGCCGACGACGAUGCGUUUAUCGUCUUGGACCAGUUGGAGCUGCGCCUGCGUGCCGCGCCGCGGCGAAUGGCAUUUUGGGGAUACCUUGUCCGCAAACAAUUCAUGGCCGGCGAGCUGUAUGGACUUUCCCAGGACCUUGUACAGUACAUUGCCACCUCGCCCAAUGUCGCGCGCUCACGCGCGGGCAAAGAGGACUCGAAAAUGACAGAAUGGAUCAAGAUGCACCCCGACGCGGCGCGCAUUGCGUGGGUCGCAGAAAUGUGCUGGAUCUACGACCACCCACGAUCCUGGACGCCGUAUGCACACGGAUUUCUCUUUCCUGAUCACGUCCGCAAGAUCAAGGAUGAAUUCCGAGCGGGUAUUUCGCCCCAGGAGCUGGCGCGGCGAGAAGGUCCAUACCAAGCGCGGUCCUAUUCAACCACGAGCAAGUGGCGGGUCGCGUACCAACCUCCCCAGCCAGACCUGAGCGUUGAGGAAAGCGUCGAGGCACUGAUCGAAGGUGGCGGGCGCUGGAAGGGGCAUUGGUACCGCUCGCCGCACGAUCUAGAUUCGCAGCAGUGGUACAUGUACAGCGACGCUGUGUUUAGUGCAAAUGACGCGCGCCUCUUUGCCGACCGCAGCGAGCCGCAUCUCAACAAUGCAUUUGACUUUGAGCCAAACUAUGGUCUCGCAUCCUACCAUCACCUCGCUAGCCCUGUGCCAAAGGGCAAGUUUGUACACAUUACAAACCCAUACGGCGCAAACUAUGAUCCGUUCACCACAAGCCUGCGCAAUGCCCGGUAUCUCGAUAAUGCGGUGGGCAGAACAGUGGCGGUACACUAUGUGAAGAAGGACGAAUGGCUCUGGGAGACUGCACUUGCGCUCUUGGGGCGCGAUCAAGCGUGGGAGCAUGCAAGUGGCGGCGCUGGUCGUGCAUGGCGCAUGUACGGUAGCCCGAUUGUGGAUACGUCCUCUGUGUCGCGGUUGUCGAUCCACCUUGGGCGGCGUCCGUAG